AUGCCUAUUUGCAGUCCGCGUUGGUGCAGCAGGGUCCCCAAAUCUCGCCUAUUUCAGUUCUCGGUUUGCAUUUGGCGGGGAGGUUUUUGGGGCAAUCUUGGCUGGGCCCGAUCUCCAGGCCUGGACCGGUAG